UAUAUGUACAAGUCCGUGGCCGGAAAGAGAGGGUGAGGGAAGUGCGUGUGAGGGCGGAGGUCGGAGACGAAACGGCAGAGCCGGAAGGAAGUACCUGUGCCUUGUAGCGUCCUCACUGACUCAUCCGCCCCAGCCCUCCAACCUCUGCUGCUUCCCCGGGUGUUUUCGGCUGGUGUGUGCGUUUGUGUAGGAAUAGAUUAGUCCGCCUCAUGGCUAAAAGCUACAGGCAGUCUGGGUGGAAGUGCAUCAGUAAUGCAGUAAUUGUGAUUAAUUUACUUGUUGGUGCCCCUUCUUGUUUUGAUGGGUUGCUUUUACCCCUCUUAUUGGAGGGGUAUUGUAAGCCACUCAGAUUUCAUAGAAUAAAGCGGUCCAAACCUUUCGAAAAUAAACGUAAAUAAUGAGAAAUCAAUACACGCGUGCAACCCUAUCAGAAAGAAAGAGGAGUGACUGAAGAUGAGAGUUGAUGUAAAAAUAAAUAAAAGGGACCUUCAAAGGAAGAUUUUGCACCGGGAUAGAUAAUGUGUCAAGCCAAAAACUUAGUGCCAUAUCCAGGACCAAAUAAAAUGAGAGACUGCUUUUGUACAAUCAAUUUGGAUCAAGAAGAGGUAUUUCGUACUCAAGUGGUAGAGAAAUCUUUAAGUCCAUUUUUUGGAGAAGAGUUUUACUUUGAAAUACCAAGAAUAUUCCAAUAUUUAUCAUUCUAUAUUUAUGACAAAAAUGUUCUACAGAGGGACCUGCGUAUAGGUAAAAUAGCUAUCAAAAAAGAAGAUUUGAGCAUAUAUUCUGGCAAGGAAACGUGGUUUAUACUUCAACCAGUUGAUUCUAACUCAGAAGUUCAGGGAAAAGUACAUCUUGAAUUACGACUAAAUGAACUGAUUACAGAUAAUGGAUCUGUAUGCCAGCAGCUAGUAGUACACUUGAAGGAAUGUCAUGGACUGCCUCUUAUUAAUGGGCAAAAUUGUGACCCUUAUGCCACAGUAUCUGUUGUUGGUCCUUCAAGGAACGAUCAAAAGAAGACAAAGGUAAAGAAGAAAACAAGCAAUCCACAAUUUAAUGAAACUUUUUAUUUUGAGUUUUGUUUUCAGGUAACUAGAUCCAGUAGUUACACCAAGAAGUCACAGUUUCAAGUAGAAGAAGAAGACAUUGAGAAGCUAGAAGUCAGGAUUGACUUAUGGAACAAUGGCAACUUGGUGCAAGAUCUUUUCCUAGGAGAAAUUAAGAUUCCUGUCAAAUCUUUAGGAAGUGAUAUUUUCCCAGCAUGGUACCUCCUACAACCAAAAGAUAAUGGAAAUAAAUCUGCUAAAAGUGAAGAUCAUGGAUCCCUUAGGCUGAAUAUAAAUUAUGCUGAAGAUUAUGUACUUCCAUCUGAGUAUUAUGGGUCUCUUAGAGACUUGCUUCUGAAAUCAUCUGAAGUAGAGCCAAUUUCUGCAUCAGCUGCUUACAUCUUGGCUGAAAUGUGUCGAGAUAAAUACGAUGGUAUUUUGCCACUUGUAAGGUUGUUGCUACACCAUCAUAGAUUAGUGCAGUUUGUUACUGCAGUGGCAGAAUUAGAACUGAAGGAAACCCAAGAAGUAAAUACAAUCUUCAGAGGAAACUCUUUAACUACUCGGUGUGUAGAUGAGAUGAUGAAAAUAGUAGGAAAGCACUACUUGAAAGUUACUUUAAAACCAAUUUUAGAUGAGAUAUGUGAGAAUCCUAAACCUUGUGAAAUUGAUCCCCUGAAACUGAAAGAAGCAGAUAAUGUGGAAAUGCACAAGGAAAAUCUUCGUUAUUAUGUUGACAAAGUUUUCAGUACAAUUGUACAAUCAAGUAUAAGUUGCCCAACAUUAAUGUGUGAUGUGUUGUGCUCUCUGAGGCGCUUGGCUGCUGAAAGAUUUCCUAAUGACCCUCAUGUACAGUAUUCUGCAGUGAGCAGCUUUGUGUUCCUUCGUUUCUUUGCUGUAGCUGUAGUAUCGCCUCAUACUUUCCAUUUACGACCUCAUCAUCCAGAUGCACAGACUUCUAGAACAUUAACUCUUAUAUCAAAAGCAAUUCAGACACUGGGAAGCUGGGGAAGCUUAUCCAAAAACAAGCUAUCAAGCUUCAAGGAGACCUUUAUGUGUGAAUUUUUCAAAAUGUUUCAAGAAGAGGAAUACAUUGAAAUAGUCAAAAAGUUUUUAGAUGAAGUGUCUUCCACGGAAAGUAAAGAGCCAAGUGUCAUGAAUGAGCCAUUGCAUCUAAAAGAAGGGGAGAUGUUCAAAAGAGCACAAGGAAGAACUCGUAUUGGAAAAAAGAAUUUCAAAAAGCGUCGGUUCUGUCUUACAAGUAGAGAACUCACUUAUCGUAAGCAACAAGAAAAAGAACCUAUAUUCACCAUUCCAGUCAAAAACAUUCUUGCAGUAGAAAAACUUGAUGAGCGUGCAUUUAACAGGAAAAAUAUGUUUCAAGUAAUACAUGUUGAAAAACCACUCUAUGUGCAGGCAAAUAAUUGUGUGGAGGCUAGUGAGUGGAUAGAAGCUCUCUGUAGAGUGAGCAGAUGCAACCAAAAGAGAUUGAGUGUCUAUCACCCAUCUGCUUUUUUGAAUGGAAAUUGGCUUUGCUGUAAAGCCACAUCAGAAAACACAGUGGGUUGUAUGCCAUGUACUGCAGGUGUACCUGCUGACAUUCAGAUAGAAAUAGAUGGAGAUCGAGAAACAGAGAGAAUCUACUCACUCUUUGCAAUCAGUAUGCCAAAGCUCCAAAAAAUGCAAGAGGCUUGUGGAAGUAUAGCAGUCUAUCAAGGUCCACAGAAAGAGCCAGAUGACUAUUCUAAUUUCAAAAUUGAGGACUCAGUAGCAACUUUUCAAACUCUUCAGCAAAUAAUAUCUAUUGUAGAACAAUUGGACAUGCAUCAUGAUAAGUAUCGAGAAAAAAGAUCAUCUAGUGCUAAAUAUGGCAGUGAAGAAAAUCCAAUUGUUGGAAAAAUUUCCUAAUCAAAGGCACUUCAACAGAGAUUUUGAAAGAAAGGAAUUGGAUUAAUUUUCACUCACAAAACAAACUGGUUUUGUGAUUAUUCCAUGAAUUUAAGAAUAUGCAUUUCCUGCAAAUUAGCUGCAUUCAUAAGUUUAUUUAAUAUUUAACAGUGGAAAGAACAGUGUCGAAUCAGAUUUCUGCAGGGAUAAGGGAAAAGGUAUGCAUAUUGUUUAAAGAACUUAACAUACAAAAAAAUUAAAUAAGGUAUCUAAAGUUGGGAAGAUCUUCUAAAGAAAUAAGCUUUCUAAGGAAAAAAACAACUACCACCUUCAGUUGGGAUUUUAUCUGCCAGGAUAAUCAUCAGCUUCUGUGACUAUCACUAUUAUCUGGACAAAGAAAUUCUGACAGGUGACAAAAGGAUUUGAAGCUUUACAUUCAGCGCACAGUCACUUUUAAAGCUUCCUUUCUUAACCUACAGUAGAAAUGUUGCUUUUCAAAAAAAAAAAAGGAACAAAAUGAUGGUACUUUUUCAAAAUGUGCAUUGAUAAUUAGCAAAGAUAUGUUAUUUAAGCAGUAUCACUGAAGCAGGACAAGUCAGGGAAUUUAUAUGUCUUGUUUACAGUUGGAGUGAAUAGUGAAAGAUGUGAUGUGGAAUCAUUGGUUUUUCUUUUUGAAAUAACACAUUGUUAGUAUUUUUAGUGAUUGGGUUUGGGAGGAGAAUGUAUGCUGUUCAGAUAAUACGAUAGCUGAAUACCAUGUGGCAUAUCAUUAGUAAUAUUUUUUUAAAAAAAUGCCUAAAGGUACAUGGUAUACAGUGAACAUUGCCAUACCCAAUUGUAACUAGCUGUUUUUGAAAAUCACUCCAAGCACUUUACAUAUCUGGUUAAUCCCAGAUUAUAAUUCUAGAUACUUUAUAGUGUCUAAUCAUUAUGAUCAGUUGAAUGAUCACUACUGUGGCUUAAAACCAUAUUUUAUGAAAUUUUAUAUCUAGGAUAUUUUUUACUUGCCAAGUAAAGUUUUGAACUAAGCUUUACUUUUAGAACUCUUAAUCUUUCCUUGUUGUAUUUGUACCUAUAAACUGAUUAAAAACUGAUAUGUAAUAAAUAUGAACAAACUCUUGGGAGAGGAAAAGGCUAAGUUUUUAAAAUGAGUAUUAUAUGAAGUCAUCAGAAGUCAAGCUUAACUCAAAAGAGACUUUACCUUUUCUUUACUGAAUGUGGUACUACAGAAGACUGGCCUUGGGAGCAAUUUAUUAAGCACUAUAAAAACUAGUGAAUUUCCACUGAAGUAACAUUCAUGAUUUUCUGUUUAUUGGUCUCCUUACCUUUUAAUACUCCUGGUUUACUACUAUUUGUCUCCACUCAUUAAGAUUGCUUUCAUUGUCUAAUAGAAAUCUAAAAUAAGGACAUUUAAAAGAUAAAACUGGCUCAAAUACUACAUGAUUGUAAUGGUAUUAUGCUAGCAAAAUAAGAAAGCUUGCCAUUAAAGUAAAUAUUCUGAUCCUAAGACUGGACUAACCUUUAAAUUAAAUGCACCUAAAUAGAACUUCUUUUUCCCAAUAGUUGGUAUCCAUGCCUUAUCAUUAAAUGUUUUUAAUACUUUUGUAUGAGGCAUACAAAAACCUAUUAAAACAAACAAGCUCACUGGAUAUAUAAAUCUAUCAAUGCGGAUUGUGCAUUUUGGGUAAAAUGUAAGGGAAACUAAUAAUUUAGUGACAGAAUGAAUGGCACAGAUUGUAUAAUAAAAGAGAUAUAAACCUAGAAAAAUCAUUAUCACAAAUUAUAACUGGUAAAUGCAAAGCAAAAUACAAGUGUAAUGUAGAGGAUUUAAAAAAGAAAAUUGUGUCUAUGUAGUCACCUACGUUACAGCCUGAACGUCUUUUAUGCAAAAUAUCAGAAAAACUUUGCUUCCGUUCCUUUAAUAAAUUUUAUUUCCAAAAUUAAAAUACAAAUUCCCACAGAGAAAAGGGAACAACAACAAAGCACUAAACAAGACAAAAAAGUGCAUUAAAAAACAUACAUAUAUAUACAUAUAUAUACACAUACAUACAUACAUACAUACAUACAUACAUACACACACACACACAGUUGAUUACUGAUAAAUAUACUUUCCCCCUUGCAAAAUAGGUCUACGAGUUUAUAAACUUCUACAGCUCUAUUUGCCCAACUAAUUUGAUCUACUAUCUGUUUACCAUAAGAAAAGUUAUCAGGUAAACCCCACAACAAAACUAAACUUCAAAGUCUUCUUUUAACAAUAUAUUCUUGUAUUUCACACACAGAAAGUACACAACAGCUUCUAAUCUACCAUAAACCACUGCAGUAAUUACCUCUGAUCUGUCCAGGAUCAAAUCAAUCUUGAUUGUUUUCCUUAAAAUUAUGAGCAUUAAAAUAUGCUUUCAUUACUAUGCAUAUAUAUAUUAAUUAAUAUACUUUAAUAUAUUUGGAAACCGCAUUAUGUUUUAGUAUAAGAAAAAUAUGAAAAAUAUCAAUUUUAUACAUAAUUUAAACAUGGAGAUAAAUAAUCUUUGAGUUUAAAAAAGAAAGUGGAUCCUUGAUGAAGUAUUACAUUUUCACAGAUAACUAUGAAUCUUAUCAUCCAUGUCUGGAAAAAUUAGAGAUUCGCCCACAUAAAUUCAGGCUUUCUUUUUGUUUCUAGACUGUCAAAUAGGAAACAGCUAUGGGUCAGCCAAAAAUCUUCUAGAUUUGUAACUAUCAGCCCAAGAGCUAUUUUAUACCUGUUUACAGCAUUUGACAGUAAGAAAAACAUUAUUUCCUUCCUGGGUUAUGCCAGAUCAAUAGGGUACAAGUAAAUGUGAAUUCCUCCGGCCUGGAUUACUCCUAUAACAUCAAUUUAAGAUUGCUCUAUUAAAAUAUAUAGACAAUAGAAAUGAAAGCUUUAUUUUGUUCUGAAAAAUCUAGCAUUUGAAUAAUAAAUGGAAAUAAUUUACAAGCUUUAGAACUGCAUUUUGUCUCUCUGUUUAGCAGGAUUUUUUAAUUAGAUUUUUUUCUGUGUAAUUGUCAUACAGGAAUAUUGUGUACAGAAGCUCAACCAGCUAGCUGCUAAGCUAUUUCCACCUCAAAUAGCUAAUAUGCUGUUGUUUUUUAGUGUAUGGGAGAGGCUAAGUUGAUUUCCCCCCUAAGUAUUUGUCUAAAAAUGUUCAUAUAUUUAUGUUAGGGUUUCUUCAAUCCUGUAGACAGGUGUGGAAGAUGACCAUUUGACAAUCUAAGAGCAUAGCUAACUAUUGACCAUCAAUAUAUAUGAUUGAAUUAUAUUAUCUGGAGACUUUUAGGCAAUCAGUCUGUAGUUACAAAUUUGAAAUAUUUGCUUAUAUGCUGAAUUAUAGCAUUACUUCAUUUGAUCAUCACUUUGUCAUUCAGUUCUAAUAUUAAUUGCAGUAGGCUCUAUUUGUGGGAUUUUAGUAACCACAUAAUUGUAAGAUGCUACUCAAUUCUUAAUACUUUUGGUAUUCAUUCCACGUAAUCCUUUUGUUUUCCAAUCACAGCUAUUCCCUUUUGUUAUAAUACGACUUGCAGGGAAUAUACCAAUACUGUUUCAGAAAGCAUGACAUUUAGUAUUGAGGAUUUCAUUCUGCAAAUAGUAUUAAAAGAUGGUCCAUUUAUAAUACUUAUCAAUAAAGAAAAUAAAACUCUGUUAGUUUGGGCAUUGUUGCCUACAUCUAUAUUAUCAGCUUUAUGAAGUAAUUGUUGAGGGCAUCAUUGGGAAUGAUUUCUAGAGAGAUAGAGAUGAAGAGAAAGGACCAUGAAGAUACUCUCAAGACAUCCUCCAACUGGACUCUGCUCUCUUUUAUCAUCUUCUACCAGAAGUUUAGUUCCACUAACCAACUGCCCUGUAGGAAGGAUACCAGAAUCUUUUUUUUACAAUUAUUUAUUUGCUUUUUUAUUUAUGCUUUUUGAUAACUGCUUGCAAACUGCCUUGUAAAAUAUAAGUCAGAUUAUAAAUAAUUGUCUUGAGAAAUAGUUUUAUCCUACCAAAAUCAUGAUUGAUUUUUGGGCUUUAUGCAAGCUUCAUGCUUGUGGAUAGGUUCAUAUAUUAACUUUGUGCUGAAUCAGCCUUAGCGUUAAUGAAUAUUUUCCCCUUGCAAAUGAUUUAAUUUUCUAUCUUACUGAAUUUGAGGAUUUAUUUUGUGUUUAUUUUUCCUGGACUUUUUUUUUAGAUUUCAGAUUAUAGUUUGCAAAAACUGUUUUCUAUUUUGCAAUUAGCAUUGCAGCAUUGCAGUUAAUCCUCCCUGGUUGUCCAUAAAUUCCAAUCUCUUAGUAAGCUGCAAAAUGCUGGAGAGAUCCUUAUACAGUGAAGGACAGGGCAUUCACAGAUACCCUGUGACCAUCAUGACUAAAUAGGUAUGAAAACAACACUUUUUGCCUAAGUGAAUUUCACCAAAAUUCUCUCCUCUGAAAUAAAAUUUGUAAGCAAGUUAUUUUAAAUUGAAUUGGAACAGGGAAAGGGAAAACAUCAGACUUUUUAUCAUAGUUUUAAUAUAGUGUUAGAUGAAACAUUUAUUUUGUAUUUGGAUUGCAAUGUAUUGCCCACUAUUCACAGAGUCUAGCACACAUAUCAUACAGUUAUUCAUUUUUUCCUCCUUAUCAGAAUUCCUGAUUGCAAAUUGACAAGGGUUUGGGGUUUUUUUGAGCAAAUAAUGUACACUAUCUUUAUUUUUGUAUGAUACCUUUUUUGUAUUAAAGGACUUCCUUGGGCUAUCUGCUUGUUCUCUCAGGGAUGGGUGCACAGCAAUAGCAUCUGAAGCAUAGUGUCCUUAAAGUCUUCAUUCCAAUUUUAACUCACAGGGUUCACAUUAAUCUUUUACAAAUAUCAAUUUGGCCUUACUGGCCCAGAAAGUCUUAAAUCACAUUCAAUAAUUAUUUUCAUUUGACAAUUAUGUUCAUUUGGCAAACUAGAUUUAUAACUAUUACAGGAAUAAAAGCACUUUCAAAACAAGGUACUAUAUUGUGCCAAUAAAAUUUUGAGGCGGUAAAAAUCAACAUAGCAGCACUGAAUUAAUUUAAAUUUCUAUAUACCAUAUCAGUGUUGAUGGAAACAUAACCAAGUGCCAGAGAUAAUUCUAGACCUGCCCAUGCAAUUCUUUUUGUCAAUUGUAUAUUUCCUAUGCAGUAGAGAGUCCUACAUUAUUACAUUUUGUACAAAUAGGUAAAUAUUGAAAGGUGUUUUUAUUUGAAAUAAUCCUGAGUAGUAUCUGUUCACUACUUAGCUUUGGUUAACAAUGUAAAUUUAACAGUGUAUUUAAAUAUGUUAAUGAUGGUAUAUUGAAUAUUAAUGAUGGAAUAUAUAGUAUGUUUUAUUUAAAGUUUAUUUUCUUAAAGUAUUAAAGUAUAGCAGAAUUGUUUGAAA